GAAUAACAAGUGUAAUAUCCACUAAAGCAAAGCUUAAGUAUAUAACACCAACAGAGACCGCGGAGGUCGAAAACCGAGCGUCGAGACUGCGGAGGUCGAAAACCGAGCAUCGAGAACGUGGAGGUCGAAUAUCGAGAGUCGAGAUCGCGGAGGUCAAAAACCGAGAGUCGAGACCGCGGAGGUCGAAAAGCGAGCGCCGAGACCGCGGAGGUCAAAAACCGAACGUCGAGACCGCGGAGGUCGGAAACCGAGCGUCGAGACCGUGGAGGUCGAAUAUCGAGAGUCGAGACCGCAAAGGUCGAAAACCGAGCGUCGAAACCGUGGAGGUCGAAUAUCGAGAGUCGAGACCGCGGAGGUCGAAAACCGAGCGUCGAGACCGCGGAGGUCGAAAAUCGAGCGUCGAGACCGCGGAGGUCGAAAACCGAGAAUCAAGAGACUACAAAUGUGUAAUGAAUGAAUGGAGAUCAUCAGAGAAAGGAAUACCUUACCCCCCUUUUAUAGGGGAAAUGUACCUUUUGUCCAAGUUGGGCUUGACCCAUAUCGCGGUGACAUAUGUCUUUAGUCUGCACGUGGGCUUAUCUUCCGAAAUGUAUUUCGUGGAGCAGAAGAUGCCGAGUGAGGAUGUGACUUGGCCGAAGACGAGGUUUACAGGCCCAAUUCGACCUAGGUCGGAUAUUUACUAUCGCUUUAACCGAGAUUAUGGUCACACCUCGGAGAACUGCAGACAUUUGAAAGAUGAGAUCGAGAGGAUGAUUCGAGCGGGAUAUUUGAAAGAAUUUGUGUAUCAUGAUAGGGUGAAAGGGAAAGGAAGGAGAAGGUGUAGGGAGGACUCGGAGGAGAGGAGUGAUAAAGAUGAGGAGGGAGAUAGCGGAGAUGGUCGAGAUGGUAGAGGAAAGAAGCCAAGGAGAGAUGGUGAUAAGGGAGGGCAUGGAGGAGACGCCCCGAUGAAGAGAGGGACGAUUUACAUGAUUUCCGGCGGGCCAACAGAUGGUGACUCGAAUAGGGCCAGGAAGGAGCAUGCUCGAGCUGUGAAGAGGAAGAGAGAGGAGGUGGGGAUUAUGGCUCGCAUGCCGGUGAUAAAUUUCAAGGCGGAGGAUGCCGAGGGAGUGGUCUUACCACACAAUGAUGCUUUAGUGAUAACUGCGGAAGUUGCAGGCUUUUACGUGAAGAGGGUGUUUAUUGAUACCGAGAGUUCGGUAGAUGUUAUGUUCUAUGAUUGUUUUAUGCAAAUUAAUAAGGAGCUGAAGCCGGUGACCACGGCACUCUACGGCUUUAACGGGGAAGAAGUUAUGCCGAUGGGAGAGGUCAGUUUUCCCGUGGCAUUGGGAUCGGGAGAGCUGAGGAAGGUGCGCAUGGUGAGAUUUGCGGUCGUAGGAGCUGAGUCGUCCUACAACAUCAUCAUGGGGCGGACGAACUUGAAUGCAUUCCAGACGGUCGUAUCCAC